UGAAGCUCAGCUCUUUGGCCAAACAGUCCUUGCUGAAAUGUCAAUACAAUACUGGGACACUUGCAGGGGUCAUCAUGGUUUCCAGGCAGUGCGCGACGUUGUUUCUCUGCUUUUCGCUCCUGAUUCCUCUUUCUCUGGAUGCAGUCUUUUUAAAGCAGGAAGAGGCAACCAGUGUUUUGCAAAGGCAAAGAAGAGCCAAUUCCCUCUUUGAAGAGAUAAAACUGGGGUCUAUAGAGCGAGAAUGCAUGGAAGAAAAGUGUUCAUUUGAGGAAGCAAGAGAAAUUUACCGCGACAAUGAAAGGACAACAGAAUUCUGGCACAUCUAUUCUGACCCUAACCAGUGCGACUCCAAUCCCUGUCAGAACGGCGGGAGUUGUGAUGAUCAAUUUCAGGAUUACGUUUGCCGUUGUCCCAUGGAAUAUGAGGGCAAGAACUGUGAAAAAGCUGAGCCUGAUCAACUGAAGUGCAUUUACAGCAACGGUGGUUGUGAACAGUACUGUACUGACGAGCUGUCUGAAAAACGAGUGUGCUUCUGUGCAGAGGAUUAUGUUUUAGCGAGUGAUGGCGUGUCCUGCAUUCCCCAAGUGAAAUAUCCAUGUGGAAAAAUACCAGUGUUGGCAAAAAAAAAUGCAACUAUGGAAGGGAGAAUAGUAGGUGGUUUCAUCUGUCCUCCAGGUGAAUGUCCAUGGCAAGCCCUUAUAAUACAGAAUCAGAAAGAAAAGUGUGGCGGUACCUUGCUUUCACCUGAAUGGGUGGUCACUGCAGCUCAUUGUCUGGAAUAUACUCAUGUUAAACAACUUCGUGUGAGACUGGGUGAACACGCAAUAAAUUAUGAUGAUAAAACUGAACAAGAAAGCGGAGUUACCAGGAAAAUCAUUCAUGAAGGAUACCAGAACGGACAAGUCAAUAAUGAUAUUGCCCUGCUGAGACUAGAAACACCUGUGAACCUCACCGAUUAUGUGGUACCAAUAUGUUUGCCUGAAAAACAGUUUGCAGUGUAUGAGCUCUCCUCCAUUAAGUUCUCCACUGUGAGCGGAUGGGGACGUCUAAUAGAUGGAGGUGCUACUUCUACUUUUCUAAUGAGAGUUGAUUUGCCACGUGUCAAGACACAAGAAUGUGAAAAGGAGACUGAUUUAAAUAUUACAGAGAAUAUGUUCUGUGCAGGAGACCUGAGUGGCACUACAGACUCUUGCAAGGGAGACAGUGGAGGACCUCAUGCCACAAAGUACAAGAACACUUGGUUUCUGACUGGUAUUGUCAGCUGGGGGAAGGGUUGUGCUGUUAAAGGCAGCUAUGGGGUUUAUACAAGGGUAUCCAAAUACAUUGACUGGUUAAAGAAGCACAUGGAUUAAUUAUAUUGAUUCAGAGCAUUUCUAGAUUGGGUUAUUGCCCUUUAAUCCCAUCUGUAACAUUUUCCUAUGAAAGCAUUCCCACAAUAUCGUAAACAUCCGAUAUCCACAUCACUAAUAAUGAUUUGAAACUAGCCUAAU